AUGGCAAAAUUGACAAACUACAACAUCCUCAUCUCCCUCGUCGUCUCCUGGGGCGGGUACGCAUAUGGCUUUGGCUUCGCCAUCUUCGUCACGAGUAUCGGGCAGCCAGGCUUCUAUGAAUACUUCGACCUCGACCCUACCAGUGAUUACUGUGCCAACAUCCUGGGUGCCAUCAAUGCUCUCUUCAACUUCGGCCUCGCCGUCGGCGCGCUCGCACAGGGGUACCUCGCAGACGUGAUUGGACGGAAGAAGGCCUUUUACAUCGCUGGCGCGUCUGCGUUGGCCGGUGCCAUCCUUGUGACGGCGUCAGUCAAGCUCGCCAUGCUCAUCACCGUCCGCCUUCUCCAUGGGUUCGGGCUGGGCAUGUUGAUCUGUCUUGUCCCGUUGUACUUGACUGAAGUCGCGCCUCCGCAUCGACGGGGCUUGCUAUCAGGGUUGACAACGAUGAGUUUUGGCAUGGGAUACUUCACAUGCGCCUGGAUCUCUGUGGGCUGCUACUUCGCCACAAACAGUACGGUGCAAUGGCGAAUGCCGUUAGCUCUGGCGUGUAUUGGCCCUUUGGCACUUUUGAUAGGAUUGCCAUUCAUCCCUGAAUCACCACGCUUCCUCACACUGGUCGGAAAGACAGACGAGGCAUGGGAGGUUUUGAAAAAGAUCCAUCAUGAUCCGUCCGACGCAGACGACUCUUCUGCCCGUGCCGAGUUUACUCAGAUUGUACGACAGGUCGAGUUUGACAAGUCAAUGAAGUCAGGAUACAUUGAGAUGUUCCGAAAGCCUUCGUGGAGAAAGAGGAGUCUUCUCGCGUUAUUCAUACAGUUCGCGGCACAGUCUACCGGUAUCCUCGGUAUAUCCAACUAUCUUGUCUUGAUCUUUGGAAGUCUAGGCAUGACGGGCGUGAUGCCUCUUGUCAUCUAUGCACUGUACACCUCCGUGGGCACAUUCUUUGUCUUUGUCGCCAUAUACACCGUUGACCGCGUCGGUCGACGAACCAUGUUCCUGAUCGGAUUUCCUCUUCUCGCGCUAUGCCUACUCCUGGAAGCGGUCCUGCAAUCACAGUACCUGGGCAGCGACCACAAGGCGGGUCUCGGUGCUUGCGUGGCCAUCAUAUACGUGUACAUCGUCGUCUUCCAGACCGUCGACGGACCGAGUUUUAUCUGGAUGAGCGAGAUCUUCCCCACGACGAUCCGAGCCAAGGGUAUCUCCUUGGGCUUCUUCUCCUAUUUUGUCGGGGCAAUUACAUACACAACACCUGCCCCGUUGGCUUUUAAGAACAUCAAAUACAACAUGUACUUCUUGUACAUGGGCCUCUGCCUUGUAUCCACGGCCGUCGUGUACUUUUACUGUCCCGAGACGAAACAGAUCCCGGUUGAAGAGAUUGGAGCUUUGUUCGGCGACGAAGUCAUCGUUCAUCUGACGGCUGAUGGUCAUGGGAUCGUCGAACAGGAAGAGAUGGUCAAGGUGGAACAACGCGCGACACACGCGGAAAAUGUGUGA